AUGGGAUUACCAGUCCGUGAAAACACUCCUCCCAACAUGCCUUCCGCUACACAAGGCGCUCCUAACGGAGUUCCUACCAUUGAUCUGCCCGAGGGCUCGUCAACCCCCACACCAUUCUCUGCCAACGACAACAUCCGUCGUUUUGAUCCUCCCUCAAGAGUACCCAGCCCAGUCCAGAGCAAUCUCUUUCAUAACAAGACGAGAUGUUUCGUUUAUGGCAUGCAGCCCAAGGCUGUCCAGGGUAUGCUCGACUUCGACUUCAUCUGCAAACGAACCACCCCCUCCGUUGCGGGUAUCAUCUACACAUUUGGUGGUCAGUUCGUCAGCAAGAUGUACUGGGGUACCACCGAGACUCUCAUCCCAGUCUACCAGUCGGUUGAGAAGGCCUUCGAGAAGCACCCUGAUGUUGAUACCAUUGUCAACUUCGCCUCCUCUCGAUCGGUCUACACCUCAACCCUCGAAUUGAUGAAUGUGCCCCAAGUCCGCUCCAUCGCCAUCAUUGCUGAGGGUGUCCCCGAGCGCCGUGCUCGCGAACUCCUUGUCAAAUCUAAAGAGAAGGGAAUCACCAUUGUUGGACCGGCCACCGUUGGUGGCAUUAAACCCGGUGCUUACAAGAUUGGUAAUACUGGUGGUAUGAUGGAUAACAUCGUGGCCUCCAAGUUGUAUCGCAAGGGUUCUGUCGGCUAUGUCUCCAAAUCCGGUGGUAUGUCCAACGAGUUGAACAACAUCGUCUCUGCAAACACCGACGGUGUGUAUGAGGGUAUUGCCAUUGGUGGUGACAGAUACCCCGGUACCUCCUUCAUCGAUCACAUUCUCCGUUAUCAGAACGAGCCUGACUGCAAGAUCAUUCUUCUUCUUGGUGAGGUUGGUGGUGUCGAGGAAUACCGAGUCAUCGAGGCUGUGAAGAAUGGCCAAAUUACCAAGCCAAUUGUUGCCUGGGCCAUUGGUACUUGUGCAAGCAUGUUCAAGACCGAGGUUCAAUUUGGACACGCCGGUGCUUCCGCCAACUCACAACUCGAGACCGCUGUCACGAAGAACGCCUCCAUGAGGGAAGCUGGCUUCUUCGUUCCUGACACCUUUGAGGAACUCCCACAAGUCCUCGCCGAGGUCUACCAGAAACUUGUCAAGCAAGGAUCCAUUAAGCCUGCUGCCGAGCCUGCAGUGCCCAAGAUCCCCCUGGAUUAUGCCUGGGCGCAGGAACUUGGCCUGAUCCGAAAGCCAGCUGCUUUCAUUUCUACCAUCUCCGAUGACAGAGGUCAGGAAUUGCUGUACGCUGGUAUGCCCAUCUCCGACGUUUUCAAGGAGGAUAUUGGUAUUGGUGGUGUCAUGUCUCUCCUGUGGUUCCGCAGACGUCUUCCCCCUUAUGCCAGCAAAUUCUUGGAAAUGGUUCUCAUGUUGACUGCUGAUCACGGUCCGGCCGUGUCUGGUGCCAUGAACACCAUCAUCACUACUCGUGCUGGCAAGGAUUUGAUUUCUUCUCUCGUUGCAGGUCUUUUGACCAUCGGAUCCAGAUUUGGUGGUGCCCUUGAUGGUGCCGCCGAGGAAUUCUCAAAGGCCUUCGACAAGGGUUGGUCGCCAAGAGAGUUCGUUGACACAAUGCGAAAGGAGAACAAACUCAUUCCCGGCAUUGGUCACCGUGUCAAGUCCCGCAACAACCCUGAUCUCCGUGUCGAACUUGUUAAGGAAUUCGUGACAAAGCACUUCCCUACCCACAAACUUCUCGACUAUGCUGUUGCCGUCGAGACUGUCACCACCUCCAAGAAGGACAACUUGAUUUUGAACGUCGAUGGAUGUAUUGCUGUUUGCUUCGUCGACUUGUUGCGCAACUCAGGAGCCUUCUCCCCUGAGGAGGCCGAAGAUUACCUCCGAAUGGGUGUCUUGAACGGACUGUUCGUGCUCGGUCGUUCGAUCGGUCUGAUUGCCCACUUUUUGGAUCAGAAGCGUCUCCGUACUGGUCUCUACCGUCAUCCUUGGGAUGAUAUCACUUACCUUCUUCCCACCCUGGGCAAAGGCGGUGAGGGACGUGUCGAAGUCAGUGUAUAA